GAUAGUUCGAACGCGUGUUUUCGACAUUCAUUGGUGACUCAAUCUGUCAAUCAACUGAGCAGCGUUUCAUGUCGUAGACAACAAAUGCACCAAUCGCGUCCCAGCGGGCGGGGUUUGACCGAUAAUCCAGGAUGUGGAUGUUUUGUUUAGUCCGUGCAACUGGCAAAGAUGUUUACAAUAAAUAUAUUCCGCAUUUUUAUUCUUAGUUGCAGUGACCAUGAGAAAAACAACUAGAUGAAAGCCGCAGACGUUUAUCUCUCGCUUUGUCUGCACUUUGCAUGAGCAGAGUGGAUUGAAUGGUCACUGAUUGCUGUCCUCGGUUGGCAUUGCAGCUUGGCCUGUCAGUGUACUGCUGUUACAAUCAUGUUUAUUUCAUAAAGAUGGCAACGAGGGGCACAUUAUAAACUAAAUGACUGUCAGAAACAUCGCCUCCAUCUGUAAUAUGGGCACCAAUGCCUCUGCUCUGGAGAAAGACAUUGGUCCAGAGCAGUUCCCCAUUAAUGAACACUACUUUGGAUUGGUUAACUUUGGGAACACAUGCUACUGUAACUCAGUGUUGCAGGCUCUGUAUUUCUGCCGGCCGUUCAGGGAGAAUGUGUUGGCUUAUAAAGUCCAGCAGAAGAAGAAGGAGAACCUUCUCACCUGUCUGGCCGACCUCUUCCACAGCAUCACCACGCAGAAGAAGAAGGUGGGCGUGAUCCCUCCCAAGAAGUUCAUCUCACGUCUGCGGAAGGAGAAUGACCUCUUUGAUAACUACAUGCAGCAGGAUGCCCACGAGUUCCUGAACUACCUGCUGAACACGGUGGCAGACAUCCUGCAAGAGGAGAAGAAACAGGAAAAACAGAACGGACGCCUAAAGAACAAUGGCACUGCCAUCGCCACGGACACCGAGCCAGAACAGAACAAAGUCGAGCCCACAUGGGUUCACGAUAUCUUCCAGGGCACGCUGACCAAUGAGACACGCUGUCUCAACUGUGAGACGGUCAGUAGCAAGGAUGAAGACUUUUUGGAUUUGUCUGUAGAUGUUGAGCAGAACACUUCAAUAACACACUGUCUCAGGGACUUCAGUAAUACAGAGACCUUGUGCAGUGAGUAUAAAUACUACUGUGAGAUGUGCUGUAGCAAACAAGAGGCACAGAAACGUAUGCGUGUGAAGAAGCUGCCCAUGAUCCUGGCUCUUCAUCUGAAGCGCUUUAAGUACAUGGAGCAGCUGCAUCGCUACACUAAACUGAGCUAUCGUGUGGUCUUUCCACUGGAGCUCCGCCUCUUCAACACCUCCGGAGACGCAGUCAACCUCGACCGCAUGUACGACCUCGUCGCUGUGGUGGUCCACUGUGGCAGUGGCCCAAACAGAGGGCAUUACAUCACCAUCGUGAAGAGUCAUGGCUUCUGGCUGCUGUUUGAUGAUGACAUUGUUGAGAAAAUUGAUGCACAGGCGAUAGAGGAGUUCUAUGGUUUGACUUCUGACAUUUCCAAGAACUCUGAGUCGGGAUACAUCCUGUUCUAUCAGUCCAGAGAAUGAAGGAGCAGAGGGGGAACAGAGGAGGAACGCGAGAAGAGAUCAAAAGGAAGGGUAUUUGUGAAGAUGACAUCCGCUUCCUUUUCCACAUCCCUCUCCUUUUCCUCAUCUCAUACUCAGGGUCUCCAGCUGAGACUGCGUGCCAGAAGCCCUCUGUAAUCCCAUUUCCCAGUACGACAUUUCCCAAUCUCGCUGCACUCUGCGGGGGAAAAAUGCAUCUUCAAAUCUGACCCUCAAGUCAGUCACCUGCAUCUGGAAGGCACUUUAUAAACAACAAUAUCGAACACAAAAGCAAAACAACAACAAAAAAAAUCACAACAUAUUCAACUACAAUACUUGUGAAAACUUGAAGGAAUCAGAAGCUACAAAAGGAGCAAUGAGUCCUGGUAGCCUAACCAGGGUCACUGCUUCUGUUCGUCCAGCGCCCAGGAAAGUGCCUCUCAUCCUGGGUAUCUAAAACCAGGAGGGAUUCUCUCUCUCAAUCUCUGGCUCAAGGUCAGGGACCCGGUUCGGGUCGCUUUACAUGUUUCAUACUGUGAUGCCCACUCAUCAGUCCUCCUUCGUAUGACUCUUACCCAGUAGCUGGUUUAAUCCACACAUCCUAGUCCAGUCCUGUUCAUCAGAGUGCUGUUUGCACUGUGUGACCAUUUGUUUUGGAGGCAUGUUGUGGAAAUGAGAUAAUGAGUCUGAGCGGUCUGUUACACGAGUGAGUGUAUUUGUGAGUGUGUGUGUGUCUGCAUUUAGUCAUGCAGGCAGCUGCUGUGAAGUGACUUUGCUUUUCAUCCAGAAAUAGUUGCAGUCUUGUUACCGAGAGAGUUUUCAAAAGUUGUCCUAUUGAAUUCUUUGCUCUUGUUUGAGUAACAAAGAAAAAGGGCAGAACUGCAAGGCUGAAAUGCUGCUUUUGUCUCCCUUAUCUAACACUGUUGUUACCUAACUUCUGUUGUAGGUAAUAGCCUUACUUACUUAGUUACAAGUGUUAACAACCUUGCAGUCAGCUCUUGUUGUUAGGUUCACCCAAAUCUGCCCGUCCCAACUGACUUCAUCCCACAAAGCAGUCUGCUUCAGUCUCACCUUUAGUUCCUGCUUAACUUCCUCCAGUUGGCUUGAAUACAUCUUUUUCUCUCCUAAAUAGAUGUUGUAACUUGGACCCUGGUCAUUUUUACAAAGCAGAAUGAUGUGGCAUUUCAUUUUAUCGUUACUUUGAGGUGUUAAAUGAGUAGUUCACCCACAAAUGAAAAUUCUCUGAAAAUUUACACAACCUCAGGCCAUUCAAGAUGUGAAUGAGUUUGUUUCUUCUUCAGAACAUAUUUGGAGAAAUGUAACAUUAGACUACAUCACUUGCUCACUAAUGGAUCCUCAGCAGUGAAUGGGUGCCGUCAGAAUGAGAGUCCAAACAGCUGAUUAAAAACAUCAGAAUAAUAAGUAAUUCACAUGACUCAAGUUAACAGCUUGUGAAGUGUAAAGAUGUGAGUUUGUAAAAUAAAAAAAUCCAUCAUUAAGAUUUCAAAACAUCGCUUCCGUCUAGAAUACAAUGUGCAUAUUUGCUUUAUCCAGUGAAAAAAUUGUCUUGUCUGAAUCAGGAUAGAAAUAUGAAUGGAUCAAGCUCAAGAUCAUUUACAAGUCAAAGCAAUUGUAAGCAAAUAUGUCAGUGAAUUUUGAUGGAAGCGUUAUUAUGAAAUAUAGACUCAUAUUUUAGCUGGAAGCAACAGUUUGAGUUUAAAAUGUAGAUGAAUUUAUUACUAACAUGCAGCUUUUUGCUAGACAAGAAACUAACUACUGGACUAGAGUUGUGUGGAUUUCUUGUGGAUCAUUGUUUUUAUCAGCUGUAUGGCCUCUCAUUUUGUUCUGAUGAAGAAACAAACUGAACCACUUUUUGGAUGUCCUGAGGGUGAGUACAUUUUCAGCCAAUGUUCGUCUUUGGGUGAACUAUUCCUUUAAUACAUGAAAGUCUUGACCAUGUGAGAUCAGUGGUAGGAGAAACUUGAAAUGCACCAGUCUUGAGAUUGCUGCAAUGCGGUGAGUAAAGUUUAGGUUUAGGGCUUAUUGAAGUAUCUGAUAGGUUGUCACUGUUACGAUAAGAACAUGCGCACAAUUACUUUAAUGUGAUGUGAGUGGCUUUUAUCAGAGAGGGCUUUUACUGUUUAGGUUGUACAGUCAGAGAAUCUGACUUCAGAUAAAUUGGGAACUUUAUAGAAGACAGUACGGACAGUAAAAUGUUAUUUUUAACAUUUAAUUUUGCAUAUACACUAAAUGGGAGAGACUGACUUGAAAUAGUCACCGAAGGGAAACAAGGUGCAAUACAGGGACAAGAUAAACAUUCCAUGCUCAUUUUACACCAUCAUUUUUUUUUUUUUUUUUUUUUUGUAGAAACACGACUGAUAGGUACUCCUGUUUAUUUAAUGUAUAAAUUUCUUUUAAUUUUUUUAUUUAAGGAAAAUGUUUAAUUUACCAUUUUAUUCUCUCAGAAAUAAUGUGUUACUCUGAGUAAAAGUAGCCCACAACUGAAAUACAUGAGUUAUGUAUUUGGCUUUUUUGUCCAUUCACAACAUAUUCAGCACAACAGUAUAGUAAGUGAUUAGGAAAAAAAAAACUAGAGUAGGUUUUAUGGUGUUGAUUCAUCCAUUCUCAGUUUGUGGUACCUGUAUUUUCACACUCCUCAACCAACAUUAUAAUGUGUAAUUUUAUGUUAAAGCCACACUACAUGCAAUAUAGAUGUAUGAACACUGUGUAACAACACAAUGUGGGAUUGACUAUGCAGUGUUUGUGUUUGUCUUGUUGUUUCCUGAGGCUUGACAGAUGCUGACUGAUUAUUUGGACAGUUGUUCUUCAGUUUCCCAGUGAUGCCAGCAAAGUGUUGUUUCUCAAAUAGAGGAGCAAAUGUGGUUGUUUGAAGAUGUUUUAUUGGUACUAAGACCACGUUUCUCUUCCAUGCCUGUUCUUUUGUUUCGUUAGUGAUCAAAAUGAACAGAAAUGUGCCAAAAUUGUGGUGGGAAACUCAGUCCUUCGAACUGGAAAAUGAAAUAGAUAUUUCUGUGUCAUGAAACUGUACAUAAAUAUUAUGUAGGCAUAUUGGUAAGAAAUAAAUUAUAUUUUUAAAACACUAGAUGAUUCUAAUAAAACUGACCUGUUAUUUGCAUGGGGAGGGGACGACAUGGUCGCUAAUGAAGAAAUUAAAAGCUGAUGAGCGUUUGUCAGAGAUGGUAUGAUUUCACUCAGGUCCCUUAUGGCCUGGAUGAUUUUGAAGUUUGUUCUGUAGAGUAGCCUAAACUACAAGUACUGUAAUUGCUUAAUACUGUGGAUUGAAUCCCCACACACAUAUACAGUACACGAACACCUGGAUAUGUUAGAAACCAAUUAGACUGUCAGUUACACACCUUGUAUGCAAAAACACACCUGUUUGUUUUGUCCUCUUUUAUUGUGUGUAUUUUCUUUAGUUCCAGAAAAGAGAUGUACAAUGUGUGUGUUUGUGUGUCUGAGAGAGAAAUACCAGGACUCAAACUCUAAUGGAAAGUGUGAUAACUGUAAGUGCACUUUAUCAUAGCAGAACCAAAAAGGUUUCUCGUAGGAACUGGAAUCCUGACUGAGAUUCUUUUGGUUUAUUUUCCUUUCCUCAAUAAAUGAAACACAACUUUA